AUGAACGCUGCCAGAGGAGGAAGAGGAGAAGCAGGAGGACUGGGCUCGCUGCAGUACGUCCACAACACUCCGGUGGACUGCAAGGUCCGCUGCUCAGAGUUCAUGCAGUUUGCGGAGGUGGAGAACCUUCAUGACUUCUACAGCUCGGAGCAGCGCUUCAUCCACACUCAGGACCAGAGGGGCUUCUACAUCGUGUACGACGCUGCUCUGAAGGACCUGGAGGAGCUGAGCAACGAGCUGCUCCUCGUCGGUUCACACUUCAUCAGGACGAACAGGAUCAGAGGAGCCGGGAAAACCGAGGAAAGGUCGACAGCAGACGUCAACACUUGGGCUGGGAAAGAUAUCGACCGGGCUGCUGUGCUGCUCGACUUGUGGACGUGUGAGACGGAGUUCUUGGAGAGCAAAGUCCAGCUCUUGAACUGCUACUAUGAGGCCUACCAGCACGCAGCAGGCACUGAGGAGAGCUUUUCAUUGGCUCGAGUCAUCACUGACAUCAUGCACCGGAGGCCUCAGUUGGACUUGGACCACGGUUACUUUGUCGACACCUACAGGGCCGAGAUCAGCUGCCUGCAGAACCACCGGCAGCUGAUCCGAGACGUUCUGGAUAAUCAGAUAAAAACACAGCGACAGUAUCUUGAUCGCAUCUGGAGAGACGACCGCAAAGGCUCUUUCAGCGACUACGGCCUUCCACCAAACUACGCUCCCAAACAUCUGGUGUCACUGGGAGGCAGCAGCCCUGCACUGAUGAGCGUUUUCCUCCUGGAGGUCCACCCGUCCCUCUGUCUGGCCUCUGCAGUCUAUCAGGCUUUAACUCGGGCUCACGCUGAACUCUGUCAGCUGCAUCGAGCCACGAGCGUCGCCGACAAACUCCACCUGCAGCAGAAGCUCCUGCGUCAGGCUCUGCACAGCUGGAACAGCCUGCCUUCAGCUGGAGCCUCCUACAGCUCGCAGAUACAAAAAGAUUUGUUCUCAGAUGUGUUUGUCGACGACCCGGUUCUGGUCCAGAAGUUGGGCCUGUCGGUGGUAAAACGUGCAGAGGAGAAGGACAUGAAGCAGGGACGAGAGAAGCAGCUGCUGGCUGUGGAGACUUUCAUCCAGCUGCUGGAGCUCGUCACCGUUAGACACCGACUGCUGGAGGCAGCGUCAGAAACUGCACAUCUGGCACAGGAGGCGUUUCUCUCCUCCGGCGAUGUCGCUUCGUACCACAGUGUGAGUGACAACAUGGCGACGGCUCUGCCUCUGCUGAGCGACAGCAUCCAGACUGAUGUGUUCGGUCUCACGCUGCCGGUUCCUCAACCUCUGGAGGCUCAGAGCAGCCAGGCGCAGACGAUGUAUCCGUGGAGAAGUUUCAUGGCCUGUCACGGACUGAUGCCUCUUCAUGUUUGGGAUGUUCCUCCUGUUGAAUACUGCAUGCAGCUCUGCCUGAGCGGUCUGAGCGAUCGCAGCCGGCUGCAGGCCAACGCUGCCAUGCUCGGAGUGUCGCUGCUCAUGGAGGACGUCCUGAACGGAGGAGGAGAGGCCCAGCCUGUGCGUCUCCAUGGCAACAAAGAUGACCUUCGGCAUGAUACUAAACCCAACGAAGUAAAGGACGAGCUGCAGAUAAAUCAUUGGCAACAAAGCUGCACAGAAGCUGAAGAAGAGAAAACAGAUUCCUUUCCUCCUCUUCAGGAUCCGAUCAGAAUCCAGUCUGUGCUGAAAGGUUUCCUGCUGCUGAUGAAGCAGCUCGAGGUCUUCAAGGAGAGCUGGGCCAGAAGGCGACUGGGCACCGACGUGUUCAGGAGUCCUGCUGCGUAUCAGACGUUUGUGAAACUUUACAGAGCUGAAGUCUUUGAUCCCAGUAUGAGAGCUCUGGCUCAGCAAAGGGGGAAAAAACUCGACUAUGAGGCCUCGAUCUCCGCCAGUCGGUCUCUCCUGCCCCCUCCUGGAGCCUCGGAGGUCGAUGUGAAAACCUGGCAGCUCCACCUGCUGCUGGAGGCCUCAGAGUGCGACAUGAUCCGAGCCGUGCAGAAGAAGAUCCACCGGGAGACGACUCUGGUGCUGUCAGAGAAAACUCGACAAGACGCUCGACUCCCCACAGAGCUGUGGAAGAAAACUCCUCUGAAGCACAGUUUGUCUCCGGAGCGUCCACAGAUGGUGGAAACGUUCGUCCAGCAGCUGAUGAACGGAGCUGAGCAGGAGGAUGGAGAGCUGAAGCUCUCUGAGGAUCACCUCCAUCAGUGUCUGACUCACCUCGGCUCCUCUGUGAUGGAUCGAGAACGUCGCUGCUUCCUUCUUUACUCGCAGUUUUAUGAGCAAAUCCUGCAGCAGCAGACUGAGCUUCUGUACCAGAGAGAGCAGGAUUUGAAGAGUUUUAGGGACAUUCAGACCAACAAUUCUCACAAAGAGGUGGCAGAUUUAUGUCGUGGGAUGAUGCUGGAGGUUUCAGGUCUGCAGGCUCGAGUCGCUCAGCUGGAAGAAGAGAAGAAGACUUUAGAGGAGCAGCUCAGCCUCAAAUUCAGAGAAAGAUACAACCCUCUGGUGCGACACCUUUACUCCACCUGCAUCCAGCUCAAGGCCGGACUCGAUGAGUACCACCAGCAGAUAGAGCAGGAAGUGAGCGCGAUGGUUAACAGAACAAGAGCUGAAGGAGUGGACCGAAUCGUGAAGCUCAAGAAGAACUACGGCUGCACCAAAGACCACAACGAACUGGUGCUCACACAGCUGAAGAAGGAAGAAGUCCACGAGCUGAGGGCGGAGAACAGUCGGCUGGAGGCUCUGAUCUGUAAACUGAAGGCUCUGAGCUGCUGGAGGCAGACGGUCGAUCAGGAGAAACUUCACCGACAGCUGCUCCAGACUCAGCAGAGGGAGGUCAUGAGUCGCAGCGAGGCUCUCAGAGUGAAGCUGAUUUCAGAGGAGAAGGUGGUUUUGCUGCAGGAGGAGCUGGACGUCAGCCGGCAGGUUUUAGCUCGAUGUCAGGACGAGUGCAGCAGCACCAAGAAGCUGCUCGGCAGGAAGACGGAGGAGCUCCAGGUGGCCCGGCAUCAGUCGGCCCAGGAGGCCCGCAGCAGGAAGGAGCUGGACAGGUAUCGAGCAGAGAGUCUGGAACGAAUGAGAGCCGACGUGGACGACAGAGACAGACAGCUGACGGCGCUCGGCGAGCAGCUGGACCGAGGCAGCAGGAUGAACCGGCUGGAGAGGCAACGCAGCGCCAAGGAGAUCCAGCAGGUGAGGGGCCGGCUACAGCACGAGCGCAGCCUCAAACAGGAGGCCUUUCAACAAGUGGAUAAACUGCAGCACCAGGUGGAGGCAGCUUUGUCCAGAGGCACAUCAACAACAGGCCAAAGCAGGACUUAUUACACGCUGUCAGUCAGCAGAUUGAGCACUACAAGUCCCUCAGCAGGUCCACACAGAACCGGUCGGCAGCAGUCGGCCCUGCAGCCUGGCAGCUUCACAAACUACACCACGCUUCAGGACUGCACCACAGAGCCAAGACACCGGAGAGCAGAAACAGCCGGGAGCCGCUCAAACACGAGAAUAGACAGACCUAAAGCGGACUCGUCUCGCCUGCGCGUCCUGACUGCUGACGUGUUGUUACCAGACCUGUGA